UUACUUGUGUGGUUUGGGUUUGAAAAAAAUCCCCAGCUAGAAGUAUUUCCUGAUAAAAAUAGUAUAAAAGCAGAUUGCUAUAUCAGAGCCCUCUAUCAGAUCUGGUCUCAGUCGACAAAUACUUUAAAAAAAACCAGAAACCAUGAAUAGCUUCGCUUUUGUUGUUAUAUUUGCUGUGCUGGUUACUUUAGCCACUGCUAACAGUUAUACUCAACGAUCAUUGGGUUCACAGGGAUCCAGACUUUUGGGAAGUAGAUGGAAUAGUAGACAGCUUAGUAAUGGAUGGAACAGUGGUUGGAAUGGUGGAAGACUGUCAGGGGGAUUAAAUGGCGGAUAUCGAAGACACAAAAGAGCAGCUACAUAUGAUCCAUACAGAAGCAGUCAUUUUGACAGUAGAUUAGGACGUAUAGACAGUGGAUUAGGACAUUUAGACAGUGGAUUAGGACAUUUAGACAGUGGACUAGGACGUUUUGACAGUGGAUUAGGACGUUUAGACAGUGGAUUAGGAAGUUUUGACAGAUGGGGACGUAAAUCAGGAAGGAGAUCUAGUUUAGGAUGGAGAUCUAAUUCAGGAUUGAGAUCUAGUUCAGGAUUGAGUCUUAGAGGAUAUUAAGAAAAUAGAAGAACACAAGAAGUGUGUGAUAACAUAAAGUGACAUCAACCAUCCGUAGAUUUUUUUACUUUUUCAAAUAAAAUGUGUGUACGUUU